AUGGGCACCAGCGGUGACCCUCACUGGCCUCUUCCAGAAUCUCUAGGAGCCUCUAAAGCCUUCUCCGUCCUGCUCCUCUCCGCCUGGACUACAGCCUCUCUCUGCCUGGACUACAGCCUCUCUCUCUGCCUGGACUACAGCCUCUCUCUCUCCGCCUGGACUACAGCCUCUCUCUCCGCCUGGACUACAGCCUCUCUCCGCCUGGACUACAGCCUCUCUCUCUGCCUGGACUACAGCCUCUCUCUCUGCCUGGACUACAGCCUCUCUCUCCGCCUGGACUACAGCCUCUCUCUCCGCCUGGACUACAGCCUCUCUCUCCGCCUGGACUACAGCCUCUCUCUCCGCCUGGACUACAGCCUCUCUCUGCCUGGACUACAGCCUCUCUCUGCCUGGACUACAGCCUCUCUCUCCGCCUGGACUACAGCCUCUCUCUCUGCCUGGACUACAGCCUCUCUCUCUGCCUGGACUACAGCCUCUCUCUCUGCCUGGACUACAGCCUCUCUCUCUGCCUGGACUACAGCCUCUCUCUCUGCCUGGACUACAGCCUCUCUCUGCCUGGACUACAGCCUCUCUCUCUGCCUGGACUACAGCCUCUCUCUCUCCGCCUGGACUACAGCCUCUCUCUCUGCCUGGACUACAGCCUCUCUCCGCCUGGACUACAGCCUCUCUCUCUGCCUGGACUACAGCCUCUCUCUCUGCCUGGACUACAGCCUCUCUCUCCGCCUGGACUACAGCCUCUCUCUCCGCCUGGACUACAGCCUCUCUCUCCGCCUGGACUACAGCCUCUCUCUCCGCCUGGACUACAGCCUCUCUCUCUGCCUGGACUACAGCCUCUCUCUCUGCCUGGACUACAGCCUCUCUCUCCGCCUGGACUACAGCCUCUCUCUCUGCCUGGACUACAGCCUCUCUCUCUGCCUGGACUACAGCCUCUCUCUCUGCCUGGACUACAGCCUCUCUCUCUGCCUGGACUACAGCCUCUCUCUCUGCCUGGACUACAGCCUCUCUCUCUGCCUGGACUACAGCCUCUCUCUCUGCCUGGACUACAGCCUCUCUCUCUGCCUGGACUACAGCAUCUCUCUCUGCCUGGACUACAGCCUCUCUCUCUGCCUGGACUACAGCCUCUCUCUCUGCCUGGACUACAGCCUCUCUCUCUGCCUGGACUACAGCCUCUCUCUCUGCCUGGACUACAGCCUCUCUCUCUGCCUGGACUACAGCCUCUCUCUCUGCCUGGACUACAGCAUCUCUCUCUGCCUGGACUACAGCCUCUCUCUCUGCCUGGACUACAGCCUCUCUCUCUGCCUGGACUACAGCCUCUCUCUCUGCCUGGACUACAGCCUCUCUCUCUGCCUGGACUACAGCCUCUCUCUCUGCCUGGACUACAGCCUCUCUCUCUGCCUGGACUACAGCCUCUCUCUCCGCCUGGACUACAGCCUCUCUCUCCUCCUGGACUACAGCCUCUCUCUCCUCCUGGACUACAGCCUCUCUCUCCUCCUGGACUACAGCCUCUCUCUCCGCCUGGACUACAGCCUCUCUGCCUGGACUACAGCCUCUCUCUGGAUUUUUGCGCUCUUUGAUCCAUCAAAGGCCAAGCAGGACUGCAGCUAA